AUGGACGUUUGUCAUUUCGCUAUCUUACUGUAUUUUGUGGCUGCUGUUUUGGGAGAUCAGUCGAAGGGCUCAAGUAAGCAUUUAAACCAGUCUUUUUAUUUACGUCUUGGGAAACGAACGUCCAGAAAAUUACUUUUGCUAUUCGUACAACAUACACGUUGUACUAAUAACAAAGAGAAUUUUGGUGAUAUUCUAUCGUAAUAAUUAUGUGUUUACUUUACUGUUUUCAAUUAUUCCGGCGCGCUUCCGUGGCACGAGCCAAAAAACAGUUUUUUUUUAUUCUUCUUAUGCUGUAAAAUGACAAACUCCAUUUUUUCAAUUAUGUGUAUUUAGACAAACCUGUAUUUAUCGCUCCCGCGCUUGGAAAAACUUACUUGCGAGCACAACUCGACCUCAACCGUCCCUACUCCGUCUUCCUCCAUGACGAUUGCAAGGCAGCAAAGUGUUCGGCCGUUGUCGACGGAGUUACAACGUAUAAGCCGAGGUACGUCGAACCACCGUAUGAUUAAAUUUUUGGUGGACUGCGAAAACUUGCAUUUUUUGCGUGCAGAGUGCCUUAAGGCUCCAGUUCUGUUCAUUGAUGCUGCCUAGUCUGUUUGCAAACUUUCCGGAGUGAUUUUUGUGACAUGGACUGUGAGAAAAUAAAACUUCCUCUUGCACCGUGCAAGUCCAAUAUCGCUGCGACGCAACCUUUUCUCAACGAAAUUGGCGCAAACUUUGGACGCAGAGAAAGAAAUUACCAGUGGAAAAUGUUUUGAAACGGAUGGAGGGAACAGGAAGCUGCAGCGAAAAAAAGGCCGACAAAAAAUCUGCACAUUGUCCCUAACUGCAUGGGUCAAGGAGUGAAGGCCCCUAGCUUGUCUUCACGAAUAGUAAACCAGGCUAAGCCCUAGCAGAUAGAUUGUUAGCUGAAAAAAAGACACAAGGCUGGGCUCAUUUUCAUUGAAUCCACUCGACCAGACGGGUAAAUGAGAGCCGACCAUCACAGACGAACGUGAAUCCAACGCAUUUCCUGAACCGUUUCGAAACUUCGUAUCGUUUUUUUUUGAUUUAACAGAGAGACGAAAUGUCAUAAAAUUAUCGGCACUUUUUCUCGCCCGAAAUAAUUCCUUUUUCUCGAAAAGGAAGAAGAGAGGGAAGAAAAUGCUUUUUAUCGGAUAGUGACGUUUCGUUUUGAACGAAUCACCAAAAAGGGCGGGAAAUUUCUAAUUCUAUUUUGGAUUGACGUGAGAUGACGCUUAUUCGCGAGGGAAACAAAAAGUGACCGAAAAGCGACCCCGACCAUUACAUUUUCUCACAAUAUUUGUCGGCGAAUUCUUGGGAAAUUCUCACGGAAUCGUGACAACCUUCUCGACCGAGUAGUAUCCCUCCGUCGAAAAAUAUCGGUCUGUCGGAAAAAUAACGGCGGAUCGUCGCAACAAAAUGUCUCGCCUCGCCGCUAUCGCGCACCAAAUCCCAAGCCGCGGCUUGCAGUCGCAAAGCGAUGAUGGGCGAUUCCAAGGCGCGACGAUCCGCCGUUAUUUUCCCGACAGACUGAUAAUGAACACAGCGUCGUUGCGACGGUCGCGUCGCUGAACUGCAAUGCAAUUUGAUUACGCCGCGACACAGUUCACUUUCUCGGCGGCGAUGCGAUCUUCGGAUGCGACUCGUACUCAUUAUUUUCCCGGCUGACUGAUAGUCUCACCAAUUCUUUUCAGCGCAAAGGAAUUAAAAGAAUUUAAAGACGACAAAAAAUACGGCAACUAUGAGUUACAAGGAAAAUGGUACCGGGAGACCCUAACACUUGAAAUCGAGUUUACGGUCAAUGUGGUUGCCGCCACUUCGGCCAACCCCCAAGUCCCUUGGCUCUAUUCCGGCGUUCUCGGAUUGGCGCCGGCCCGGGACAGUGAGGACGAACAGAGCAGCAUCAUCAAAAAAUUGUUGAAUGCGGAGAGUCUGAGCGCUAAGCAGCUCGUCAUCCAGGAGAGCUGGAAGGAACUGGCAAAGGUAAAGAAUCCAUGAAAGGCUUUCAUUUGAGCGAUGACUGACAAAUUUUUAUGAACAAAGUUUCAACGGCCUCAAAACUACUACUAAUUUCAGAAAAACAAAGAGAUGAAAGGCGACGCAGACGCCAGCGGUUUAAUAGCCAUCGGGAAUCUGGAGAGCGGGCGAUGCGGCAGCUUCACCACUGCAAAUACGGAUCAGAAAUCCUGGACGUUUGAGGCUGAGUGGGUUAAACGAGUUGUCUUUAUUCAGUCCAUUUUUACGCUUUUUUCAAAAGUGCGCACGCCGCGACAAAAGGUGUUCUUGAAAAAGACUUAUGUCGCGGCGAUUUUUAAAUUGAAAAUCCUUGACACAACAAGUCUACGAACUUUUGAAAAAAAGUGUAUUAUCUUCCCGUUACAGUAUUAAAAUCGGAGACGAGAAGUUUGAAAAAAAGAAGAUUGCAUUCAUGGUUGGACAAAACGGAGUCGCUGAGGACGCCAUUUUUGAUAAGCAUUUCGCCAGAACAUAUGAUAAGGAUACGGAGCUACCGACAAUAUCGUUCAAUGUUUCCUCCACAACGUUUGAACUGGCUGGAAAAGAGUACGGAGAAUACAAUGCGACUGUAAGUUAAACCUACAUUAGUCUUUUUUAUCUUACGAGGGAAUGGUCUGAACUUCCCCCAGCGUUUGGGAAAAUGACUAGUACAGGCGGAUAGAGCAUGUCAACUUUGGUAAAAAGAGCCAUUUUCCAGCUGCGGAAUAAGCCCGGCCGACGAGAAAAAUCGACCGAAAGUUCCACAAAAAUUUCCAAUUUCUCUUCCCUCGGAAAAGAAGGGCGGUGUCCGAUGGUUCGGUUAGCCGAGUGGAUUAGGCAUCCGCUCGGUAUUCUUUUGGGGGUUGGUUCGAUUCCGGGGUCUCGCGAAGGACCAUGAUAAGGCUUUGAUGAGCAAGAUCAAACUCUAACAACCCAAAGAAUUUUAUUUUGCGUUUUUCAAAGUCAAGUCUAUCACCAAACCAGUAUUACUUCGACGUUCCAUCGCUUUGACGAUUAUUGUUUUGGUAUAAUGCCCCUAUAAAACGUAUAAAAAUGGCAAAAUAUUUUUUUUGGUUUGUUAGAGCUUGAUCUUGCUUAUCAAAGCCUGCCUUAUCACGGCCCUUCGCGAGACCCCGGAAUCGAACCAACCCCCAAAAGAAUAUCGAGCGGAUGCUUAAUCCACUCGGCUAACCGAACCAUCGGACACCGCUCUUCUUUUCCAAGGGAAGAGAAAGAGGAAAUUUUUGUGGAACUUUCGGUCGAUUUUUCUCGUCGGCCGGGCUUAUUCCGCAGCUGGAAAAUGGCUCUUUUUACCAAAGUUGGCAUGCUCUAUCCAACUGUACUAGUCAUUUUCCCAAACGCUGGGGGAAGUUCAGACCAUUCCCUCGUUAGUCAGCAGCGACAUUGUGCUCAUUAUUUUCCCGACAGGCUGAUAACUGUCAAUGUGUUUGUAAAUUGCAGACCGAUCAAUACAAGGCCAAGUUUUCGAAGAAGCCUGCCGACUUCCCGUACGACUUUGCGUUUGGCUCCGAGUUCCUGCAGCAUUACUGUCUGUCAAUUGGCAUGACCCGCAGUGGUGACCUGGAAAUUGGCCUGGCUGAGAAUAAAAAGAAACCGGAUGGAGGCCAGGUGGAAGGGGAUCGAGCAGACAAAAAAGGUGGAAGAAAGUCAGCCGCUGCAUGCUCGCUGUCAUUUGUCAUGGCCUCGUUCUUCGCCAUCCUGGCUUCGAAUUGA